UCCUGAAAUUUAUAUGAUUUCUAUUUCAAACGUUUAUGGAUUGCUUAAUAUACUUGCUAACAGUCUUCUAAGUGUGUGAAGAGUGUUCAGACUAAAUUCUCGUUCAGGCACCCCAAUCCUAAGUCAUGAUAUGGUCAACGCUUCAUCUUCUCUGGACCGCUUUUGUUUCUUUCGGAAUGCUUUGACAAGUAACAUCGACGUUGUCCGUAAGAUGUCGUCUGUUCGAGAUAGCGACACUUCGCUGUGGCUACAUAAUAAAUUAGGCACGAAUGACCUUUGGUCCUCACAUUCGAUUUGCUCGCAACUUAACCGCGAGCUUCUCCGAAAAAUUCCUCAAAUAUUUCCUGAUCUGCAAAGUCAAGUCAAGUUAAAACUUAUUCUAGCAAUUCUACAUAUUCCACUACGAAAUAUGGUUGAGUGGAGUCAAGAACUGAAAUCCAUUCUCAUAAAGGCAAGUCAGGACACUGACCCUUGGGUGGCCAUGCUUUCUGACCUCCUGAGAACUUAUCCAGAUGAUGGCACACUUUUCCUCGAUCCCGAAUCUGGUGGCUUUUGUGAACUGCUUAACGAACUCCGCAAACUUGUGCGUAGCCGAGGAUCUGAGCAAGUUCUGCCGGAAGAGUGCCUGUACCUGAAUAAAAGCGCUAGUAAUGCUCUUCUUGGUCAACCUGCUAUCCCCACGAAGCAUUUUAACGUUAAAAAAAAUCCGAAAAGCUAUCAGGUAAAACACGAGUAUCUUCAGAAAGCGCGCGAGGCACAAAACACAAAGCGAACAGUUUCAAGUUUAAGCUCGGUACCAAUUCGCUGUCGUGGGUACAGCAAGUUAAGUGCCGAUAGCCCUUUGCGCGGCCUUCCCUCGAAUCGUCUCAGCGGUGGAUCCUUCCGGUCACCUAUUUCGUCUCUAAAUCAUCGUUCGAAUUUACCCCUUAGCAAAACGCCCAAUAGGAAAGAAUCGGGAAUAAAGUUGCUUGAGAUUGGUGAACAACCAAUAGGUAGGGAUGCCAAAAGACGUCGAAAAGGAGGCGACGAAGAGGUAUUGCCAACCGGUGUAAAAGCUGGAGUUGGAAAAGAAGACAAAAAGGAAGAAGCUGCGCCAGGGACGGACGAGGAAACACCGGUUACUACACCUACAACUCCCACCACACCCGCAACGCCUGACUACGCUGCUGGAUUAUUAUCAUCAUCCAUGGCAGCGCCCUCUCCAGCUGCGCCCGCAACACCCGCCUACGGGGCUAUACCAUCUAUUUCGAAGGUGCCUGCAGCCCCAGCAGCGUCCAAAACCCCAGUACACACUCCGCAAUAUGCUCAAGUAUCAGGAACACCUUCUACGCCAACAACACCACAAACACCGCCUUCGUCGGUGCAGCCUCAAGCUGGUAACGGAAAUCCAACGAGCAAAUUUACAGCAACUACACAACUAGUCGUUUCGCCCAAUCAAAUUGUGGAGAACCGGCCAUCAUAUGCGGCAUCGACUUUAGUCUCAAAUAGUCUCCUGCAGACUGCGUCUCAAGCGUCGUAUGGGCUCCGAACACAGUCAGGAGAUUCCUCACCAACGACACAGCAAAAUUCAGUCAAUUCAGGUUCUUCAGGAACACAGGCAGUCCUACUACAAACCGGUCAAACGUUUACUGUUCAACAAACUAGCCAACAAUCAACUAUCCAACAACAAUUACCACAACAGCAAACCAGCUAUGCUUCUCCACAGACCGUGCAAACUGUAACCCAGGUGGGGCAGCAACUUAGUGGCCAGCAAGUCACCUAUGUGCAAACGGCGUCUGGAGCAUUACAAAGCGUACAUACCUCUCCUGUCAUCCAACAAAGGAUUACCACCCAACAAAUUGCCAACACAAACUCAGCAAGUUUCAUCUCAACCGGUGGGUAUGGCCAAAGUCACGUCGUUGUAAACCAAGCGACAGCUGGAGGUACGACAACAGCGGCCAGUACUACUGGACAGCUGGUACAAGGUGCUAACGGUACGCAGUAUGUGAUUAGACAAGCCGUGCAGGGCCCUCAACUUGUGCAAACUGGCAAUGUACAACAGCUGCAUGUUGGCGUGCAACAGUUGCAACAGUUGGGCGUGGGUGUUGGCCAUCUCCAGCAACAGCAGGUAACAACUGGCUUGCAACAAACAACACAGCAACUGGUUCAGACGACACAGCCAGGAGUACAACAGCAAGCUCAGCAGCAGUCAAAUGGCUCACGCGUGCAGCAACAACGUCUCGUUAUUCGCACCCCUACCGUUGUUCAACAGCAAACAACACAACAGGCCACAAUAGUACCAUAUUCAAUAUCACAAACUCAGUUUAAUGAGGCUCAGGAAAUGUUCAAAAAUUCAAACAAGGUGACACGAUCCGAGAAAGCACUUAUUCUUGGGUUUAUCGCAGGAAAUCGACAAAAUCCCUGUCCUACUUUAGGUGACGUGAUUACAAUUGUGCUGAAUGAAGAUAGGCAGGUGGUUCAGCAGGCUGACGGAUCGCUGCGCGCAAUGCUCGUGCAGACUCAUUUUGAAAUGAAUUAUGCCACCGGAGAAUGGGCAACCGUCAUUCGACAAUUUCCCGAAGGACAGAGCAGAACACCUUCGCACGUCAUCACGACUACAACCGCGGCCUCCCGAUAGAUUGUCAUCAUCACACAACAGAGGCUGCGUCUUUCCAUGCUUCUUUAUUUUUAGGUAAAUAAAUUAGGAAGUUUAAGAAAAAUUAAAAGAAGGGAGAAAAACUAAUGUUCGCUUGAGCGACAGGGCAUAGGCUAAUGUGUGCCUAACUGUUCGAUUAUAUACAGAGCCCUAGAUUAUAAUGGGGUUUAAAUCCUUUAGAAUCCUCUCAUGCUUUUUAGGAUCAUUAUGAUGUUGCUGAAGGCUUUUAUAGCUAAGUCUACUGUUGAUUAUUCUCUCAAAAUGUAAAUAGAGUAUACAAAGUAAAGAAAUGACAGUGAAUAUUACUAUCACACUCUAUUGUACGGUAAUGAACAUGAAAUUCUGUACAAUUAAACUGAUGCGUAAUGUAUGUGUGUUAACUGAGGAUAUGUAAUAAACGCUGUGUUGUGGAUAUAUAUGUUUAUGAAAUCGUUGUUUUUUGCGUGUAGGAUUAUUUAGUAAUAUUAGGACGAGUGGCAUUUGUCAUUGCAUGGCUGAGGUGACAGCCUUUAAACCACACAUUAGUACGCUUUUAAUGGCUAUUUAAAACUCAUAUUCAUUAUUUUCUUCCACGUUCCUCGUUCUGCACAUAUGUAGUAGAGUGAAGUAAAUACUAUAUAGCUUCAAUCAAACUUGGGCUGAGUUUUAGAUAGUUCAAUCUCAGUCGGCUUAGUUUAGCGUAGCGGUUCGAUUGAUCAGUUGCGUUAUCUUCGUUAGUUUUUACAGUUCUGUUUCUCCUAUCGAUUAGCCGUCCUACCGCCGAAAUUGACCCGCCGCUAUAAUAGUGUUAAUCCGUCGCUUCAUUAAAACAAUUAUGUUACCCUAUUACGGUGAUUCUGAGAUCUCAUGGUGAAACUAACCUUGCCUUUCAAAACUGAAUGCAAUUUUCUUUCCACUCGAAAAACCAAGUAAAUACGAAAUGUGAGAAAAUCUGUAUUUUUAAAUCAUUGACGUUUUUUUCUGAGAAAAUACCAUAUUCCAUUUUAAUGGCAGUAAGUUGAAAUAUUGUUCCAAUAUCUAUUUUGUAGUCAUCGCAUAGAUCUAAAGCUAUGUAACAUUUACAUGAUUAUGUUUCAUCAACAUUACAAUGUUCAUAGUUCUUUAUAAAUUCUCAAACAUUAUUGGAAGACAAGUUUUCAAGUAUAAACAAGAAUUUUUGCCAACUCCGUUUUCAUUGCAGUGCUCAUACGAACUCCACUGGUGUUAUUUAACAUGGUUUCGACACUGAAUUAUUCAGAAUGUAUAUAUACAUAAUAUCUUUUCCUUUGUGCACUUUAAUGCAAUUUCUAUGUGUGAUAAAUAAUACCAGUUUAUCGAAUUUUUACAAUAUAAAAGUCACA